UUCUGCAGGGAGCUGGUCAGAAUUCUCAAGUGCUCCCCCAGUUCUGGGCCGGCUUGGUACGGUCUACAGCCCCCCUUUCCUUUCCCCACCUGCCCCAUGGUGGUUGCACCCAUUCCGCCCGGAAGUGCUCGCUUCCUCGCACUGCACGCCGGUGAGGCUUCGCGACCCGAAAUGGAGCGUCCCCGCAGUCCCCGAUGCUCGGCCCCGGCCCCAGCCUCAGCUUCGGUUACCCUGGCGCAGCUCCUGCAGCUGGUCCAGCAGGGCCGGGAACUCCCGGGCCUGGAGAGACGCCACAUCGCGGCGAUCCACGGCGAACCCACAGCGUCCCGGCUCCCGCGGAGGCCCAAGCCCUGGGAGGCCGCGGCUUUGGCUGAGUCCCUUUCCUCUCCAACCCUCAGGAUAGGAACGGCCCCGGCGGAGCCUGGCUUGGCUGAGGCAGCGACUGCACCUUCUUCAUGGCAUACAGUGGGCUCCUGAGGUUCCAGGUCCUUUGCGGCGGCGAUCUGGAGGGCGUGGCUACAGGACCCCGGAUGCCAUUCCGUUACUCAUCUUUUAUGCUUUCGUCCUGACCUGUCUCAACUGGACUUGCUCCUGCAAUCACCAUGGGGGUUUUGCAUUUGCAUUUCUGGACCAUGUUACAGUUAAGAAAAAUCCUGUUUCAGCCCUUAUAUGUAACAAAAUAUGUAAUAAAAUAUUUUAUAAUGUAA